GCCAGGACUUCUCUCCGCCCCCUGGUGUCAGUUGGGGGCGGGGCUAUGGUGCCGGAGGAGAAACCAGCACGCGAGCUUAUGGCGGUUCUUUUGACUCCGCGGUUCCGUAGACUUGGCAGUCAGAACGAGCUUCCGGGCCCAGGGCUGAACGGGCCAAGUUCCAGGAACCGUAGAGGUGGCUUCUGCCGGAAAAGGAGGACAUGACGCUCUGGUCCUUUUCAAGCUACUCAGCUAUGGGAUGGUAUUAUUCACUCUCUUCAGGCCCAAGUGAAAAUAAAAAGAAGGAGGCAUCGUUUACGAACAUACGAAGACUGUUUUACUGGUUCUGCUGCUGUCAAUGUGGUCUUAAGUCGUCAUAUGCAAAAUACAUGCCUAAGUAGCAAUGACAUCUCUCGUCUUAAAGGAGUUCGUCUUUGCCAAGUUCUAAUGAAUCACAAAGUAUUUGAACCAGUAGGAAUGAAGAAGCUUUUCAAAAAAGAAAAGGAAUUGGAAUUUGAAGAUUCCAAAAGUCUCUACACGUUUCUAGGCAAUAAAUCAUCUUACAAUUGUUGCAAAAGACAAAAGGAUGCUGAGAAUGAGUUCAAUGAUGAAAUAAAACCAAAAGAAACCUUGAAACCAGAAUAUGAAAUGAUUUCAAAUCCUCUAGCACAAGAGAUUGGUGAGGAAAGAAUUGAGGAACUUAUUCAUACAAUAAAUGGGAAUCCAGCUUUAUGUCCAAAUAUCACAGUUCAGAAACCUUUUCUCCGGCUUUCAAAAGAAGGAGUUUUCUUCUACAGAGCAAUUACAUCAGGUAAGACAGAUGUUUGGAAAGAACAAACAUUAUUACGUCUUCUUUGAUCGAUUCACCUUCCAUUCUUGGACAAUAUUUUGGAGCCUCCAGUUAAAACACAAAAUCUUCUAUUAAACAAAGAGGAAGAUCUUGUUACCGCUAAUACAUGCCUAGACAGAGAACUUAUUCCAAGUUUAUGUCUACUGAAUAAGAUCAAUAACUAGCUUAAUGCAGCAAUUGAAUGCUUGGAGUAUUUCCCUGACCAGUUAGUAGUUAUAGAGCAGUUACUGCAAAACAGAAAUGAAGAGACAAGAUUGAACAGUCAGAAGAUACUCUUUGAUGUCAUAGCAAAAUACUAUGCUCAAGAGAGAGAUUGCCUAUUAACUGAUGAGUAUUUUGAUAUUCAUUCAGGAAUUAUUGAACUUUUAGAAAAUGAGAAAAGGGCAGAAGCACUUGAAGCAAUACAACUAUAUCUAAGAUUGCUGUUGCCGAACAUUAGAGAAGAAUUACGAUGGUUACUUACUUUCAUGGUGGCGUCAGAGCCCAAUGCCUACAAGUUGCAAAAACAGUAUGAUAAUAAAACAGUGGUCCUGAAAACUCUUGCCAAAUCAGUUUUGCAGACCAAAUCAUUAUUAAAAGUGUGGGCAGAACAACUGGUCUGGUUUCUACUGGAGUACCACUCUGAGCUCUUCAAGGUAUCUCUGGCAUUUUGCCUGGGCACUUUUAUUACUAAGCUACUUGUGUCAAGCAAAAAAGAAAAUCAUUCACUUAAAUUCAGAGGCCUUCUACCACCCACCCUUUCCACUCAUCUACGAUCCUCUCCCUCUACUCAUUGGUCAAAAAUAUGGAGAUGUUUUUCUUUCUAUGUUGAAAUGCUGGCUAGAAAAAAUUAUAUUAAAUAUUUGAAAAUACCUGUUUUGUGUAGACACCAGUUACUUUUAUUGGAUCUGGUUAGUAAGAAACUUAAGAAGCUUCUACAUGGAGAAGAUGCACAUGCCAUAUCAGGCUUUACAUUUUGCCAACCCUUGAUGUACAAGGAGUUUGAAAAGCGAAAGGGAAGGACAAUUCAAUAUCUAUAUCAGUUGGCUCUUGAGAUUAAUAGUAACCCCAGCAUCUCUCUGAAACGAAAAAAGAAAUUAAUUAAGGAAUUUCAAAAACACCAUCCAGAAGCUUUGAAUUAA